ACAUGGUAACAAGUGCUGGAACAUCAACAGGAGAUGCUUUGACCAGUGAUAUGACAACAGUAGACUCUGAAAACCGUGUUCUCACAGCAACAAGAAAUGUAGCAACCACUGCAACAACGUCACCAACAGGCGGUCCAACUGACUCUUUGACAACAUCUCCAGAUGCUGAAACUACCACUAGCACAAGAAUGGCUCCUUCUACAACCAGUUCUGGAAAAAAGAUGCCAGAAGUUGCAACUGCUAGUGGGAUGUCAACAGUUACUGCAGACACAGGAAGUGAGACUCACACUGCUCUGAAAAUCAGUGCUACCACAACAACAAAGCAAGCGUUAACCAGUACCAGACCUGAGCUAUCUAACACUGCAACCAGUCCUGUUACCCCAGAGCCUCUAACUGAAUGCACAAGCAGUACAACAUCAACACCAGAUGCCACAACAGCCUCUGAGACAUCAACAGCAGAUGUUUCAAGUGGUACACCAACUAAAAGCCUCACUGACUCUGAAAUACCAACAUCUGGUACCACAACCAAUUCUGUGUCGGCAACAAUCAAAACUGAAAGCAGCUCAUGGAGGACAACUAACACUUCAACCAGAGCUGGCACAUCAACAGGUAAUUCUGUGGCUACUGUUGGAACAACCAGCCUGAGUCCUGAGUCUACUCCUUUCACAACAAAAGCAAAAGUUUCAAACAGUACUGAAACGCCGACGCAUGAUGCUGGAACCAUCACAAUGUUACAGACAACAGAUGAUUCAAGUUCCUUGAUAUCAAAAAAUAACAUGGUAACAAGUGCUGGAACAUCAACAGGAGAUGUUUCAAGUGGUACACCAACAAAAAGCCUCAUUGACUCUGAAAUACCAACAUCUGGUAUCACAACCAGUCCUGGCUUGUCAUUAUCUGCUGGCGCUACUACUGUGACCCAGGCUGCCAACUACACACAGAAUAUGACAUUGGCCUUUCUUGAGGCUGUGCUGGAGAAAGAUUUGUCCCAGUCAGCUGUCAGUGAUGAAGAGUUCCUGCUAUGGCUUAGGCUGCAACUCAGACCUUUGCUGGUCAAUCUCUCUCCAACUAUGGUUAUUCACCUCUUCAGUAUUGUGAAAAAUAGGAGCUGCAACAGCAGCCAAGAGAUGAUUUCAGUGCUUGAAACUGUGCAGAUGACACUCAGCAACGAAACCAAAGCAGAGAUCUACAAAAAUAUGAUCCUCUUCCUCCAAGAUCAAACGCCACUAAAGUGUUUCAGUGGUGGAAGCUUUUACAUGUUCCUGAAGAACAACUUCCUCAGCUUUGGCUUUCCUGAUGUCCCAUCAUUCAUCUCUCUUCUUCCAGCAACACACAAAUCAGAGCUCCUAAAUACCAUCAGCACCUCAGAGCUGAGUCAGCUCCUCAAUCAGCCUGGCACAAUCAAUAACAGUUCAGGCAUCUGCAUCAUCUUCAGCAACUACAACAACACUCCUUCCUUCCUAGAAAACGAGGACGUCCCAGAUGAUGUGAGGAGGAUCAUCCUUCCCUGUGUUUGGCCUUUGGCUCUGAGCAGCAACAGAAGAUCUGAGGUUGAUCUGUGGUUUAACGUACGUUUGAGGAACUAUCUGAAGUUCCUCACCAAGGAUCUCAUCAGCUUCAACAAAGUGCAGAACGCCUCAUGUCUCUCCUUCCAGAAACUAGUGUUUUUUAUGGGAAAAAUCUUCACAUACACCAGUUCUGAGUUUGGACCGGAAGAUGUGUACACCACCAUCAGGAGCUUCCUGAGAGCUGGCCCUGGAGCCAGAUGCUAUGAUCGCAGCAAUCCAGAGCUGAGUUCUACCUCCUGGUUUGUCAGCAACAUUGGCAGCUUUGUUACGUUUAUCACUUUGGAUGAUCUCACCAGCUUUAUCUCCACCUCUCAGCUAGAGAUAUUCCUGGAGGAUUACUCUAAUCUGGAACUCUUCAACAACACAGCAAUCUCUAAAUACGUAACAGGCUACUACAUCACCCAGCUCUAUGCAUUCAACCCCAACUUCAGUCUAUUCAAGCUUCCAGGAUCUUUAUUAUGUUCCUCUGACAUCCCAAGCUCAGUAUUUUUCUCUCUCACCGAAUCUGAGACGAUGGUCAUCUUGGAAAAACUGAAGACAUUCUGUAAUGGAACAGAAAAUCCUGAGAUAUCUGCAGCUCUGACAUCCACCAUCAAGACCUUCACAAAGGAAACCUUUGAAGAACUUGGCAGCGCCGCUUCAGCACUGACCAAAGAUCAGAUUCUUACAGUGUCCUCUUCAGUGCUGGUUUCCUCUUUGACCACCCUGGGCUCUGUGAAAAACUGGGGCCAGGACCGGGCCACCACUAUCAUCCAGUCCAUCACCUCCUCAGGAUUUCAGGUCAACAGCGCAGCCUCUCUGGAGUCCCUGGGAACUCUUGUUGUUGGACUUCAGUCAGAGUCAAUUCAAAAGAUCUCAGCUUCUGAAAUACUCAGCGCCUCCAAGAGGCCCAACGUCGUUUCCAACAUGCUGGAAGCCUCAAAGGUUGUCCAAGAGACUUUUGUCAGAAAGAUCAUUUCUGUGGAUGCAAAUCCAGUUAAAUUGGUGGAGAAUGUCCCUGAUGCCCUUGCAAAUGAGAUCCCAUCAUCACUGCUGGUGUUUUCUGAGAGCACAGUCAACAUCAGCGUGAUUAACAAAAAGAUGUGGACUCCAGAUCAGUCCGCCAUGUUUAUUUGGACAUUGGGUGAAUCAGGCUUCGACAUCGAGCAGCUUUCUCCAUCUGUGCUGCAAGGCUUCACAUGCGGCACAGUUCAGAAAAUGUCUAAAGCCAAAAUCAAGCAGAUGAUUCGUGCCUGCAGGCCGAGGAAAGGCAGAGCCAAGGUGGACCUGAAGGAACCUCAGCUGACCUGCAUGCACAACCUAAUCCGUGACGACCUCUCUCAGAACUUCACUGAUUACCCUUCAGACAUGCUUCUCUACUUGGACUCCAAAAAUGUCCAGAAAGCAAACUGCAGGUCCUACUUCUCUGCCCUGGGUGCAGCAGACUUCUCUGUGGCCUCCAGCACCUUGAACAAGGGCCCACAGAAGUUGAGGGAAGCUAGAGACUGCUUGGGGAUCAGUGGCCUCAGCCUGAGCAGAGACAAUGUGGAGGUCCUGGGGAACAUGGUCUGCACUCUGGAUAGAUCCGACAUUGAGAACUCAGAUCCUCUCAUCCUGGAAAAACUCAAAGCCUGCAAAGACCUCUCUGCCAGCCAAGUGGCUGCUAUGGAAACACUGCUGCUGUCUGGGAAAACACAAUACGGAGCUGUAAACAGCUGGGACCAACAGACGCUGGAGGGGCUGGGAACACUUCCUUUGUAUUUAACAAGAAAAAUCUGGACAAAUUUCCCAGCUGCAACACAGAAAAGAUUCCUUAAGGGUUUCAUGCCUGACCUAAGGAAACAAAAAACUCAGAAGAUGAAGCUCAAGAACCUGUUUUCAGAGCUCAGGCCUACAGUAGCAAAACGAGGAGCAGGAUGCUCUGAGGGCAACAUCACCCAGGUGACUGUUAGCGACCCGUCUUUCCCCUUUGGCUACGACGUGACGCAGUUCGACCUCUGCCUGGACGUUCCCGUUCUAAAAGACAACCUCUACACUAUCUGCCAGAAAGUGGAUGAUGAUGACUUCCAGAAAAUCCUUCUGAAGAAGCUCAACCAGGCAUUCCCAUCUGGAGUUCCUGAUCAGGAAGUACGGAUGCUUGCUUCAGUCUCUCGCACAGCAACACUUGAUGACAUCUCUAAGUGGAACGUCACUGAACUGGAUACCUUGGCAGCUCUGAUGAAACCUGAAGAUGGAACAUGGCAGACGGCACAGAGCAAAGCAAUCAUCACCAAGUACCUGAAUACCUCUGGAAAUUCACUGGGCCGCAGUGAACUGAACAUUAUUGACUCCAACCUGUGCUCACUGGACGCCAGCACGUUACAGACCAUCACAGCAGACAGUAUCAGAAAUGCCAAGCAUCUAGAUGUGGCAUCAUGUUCAACUGAGCAGAAGAGAGUCCUCUAUGAGAUCAGCAACACCUCCUUCAGUGUCCAUCGUGAUAAUCCCAUUAACUUUUUUAACCUGGUUAAAGGCUAUCUAGGUGGAGCACCUCAAGCAGAUAUUGCAGCAUUAUCAAGUCAGAACAUCAGCAUGGAUGUCAACACUUUCAGGAGUCUGGAUAUCAACGUGAUAACUUAUCUGACUGUGGCCAACGUGAAAGGUCUGAUGGGUGAAAACCCGAGAUCUCAAGCUGUUUGAGAAUGAUACUGUGGUCCAGACCUGGGUGAACCUACAGCGACAGUCUGACCUGGACACACUCGGUUUGAAUCUAACCACCACUAGGGCCGACUCCACAGUACCAACCGCUACAAACAGCACCGAGCCACAGGGAAACACAAACAGUUCAAGUACAACCCCAGCCAGUACAGCAAUAUCAUCCCAACCUGCAGCCACUAAUGGUGUCCUGGAGUUCACAAAAUCACCAGCCUCUGCUUCCUGACCGCUCUGCUCACACUGCUCUACAAAUAAUCCUACAAGCAGCCUGAGAGCCCCACUGCUGCAAUAACUCAGGCAAUGCUAUUGUCACCAUUAGCUCUUAUUUACUCACAUGCACAAAAAUACUUCAUCUCACCUUUUUGAUGUCUUUAUAAGCGUCAUGAAAUUAAUCUGUCUCAGAAGAAUCAUUCAAAUCUUUACAUAAUUUGUUCAUGGAAAUUAGGGAAAAACUUGUAAAAAACAUUCAAAUCAUGAUACAAAUUCAUUGCAUUGGUUUUUAUCCUUUCAAAUGUAAAUCUUUUCUUUCUGUAUUUUAUCCAGUACUUUAAACAUUAUCUAAAUAAAUAAAUGCAUAUUAAUACAAA